AUGCUACCAACCCAGAGACUGGAAGAGUUAAUGGCCACUAUGAGGCUUCCCCAGAGGCCAAUGCCGAGGUUCAGCGGAGGGACUUGUGAUGAGUAUUGGGAGUUCAAGCAUGCCUUCCAAAGACACACUGGGAAGGUGCCCAUACCCUAUGCACUAAAAUUGGAAAUACUUCUCUCGGCCUACACCGGCCGCGCUAAGAAAUCCCUAAGAGCGUGCCUGCAAAUAGAAGACCCCAGGGCAGGAUACGAACAAGCUCUAGCCUUGCUAGAAGAGCGUUAUGGCAACAAGCAAGCCUACGUCCAAGAACUAAUAGGCAAGGUCCUAAGUGGCCCAGCCGUGAGAACAGAUGACAUUAAAGGAACUCGUGGACGAUCUAGGAAAUUGCGUAAACAACUUAAAGGUGCUGGGAAAACUGCACGAAAUUGA